AUGGCGUCCGUCAGCUCCUUAGACAAAGACUUGCGCAAAAUGCGCCUCGAUAAAUAUACCCCCGGCGCCGCCAAGGAGACCAAGACCUGGAUCGAGAGCGUUCUUGGAGAGCGCCUUCCAGCAAAUGACCUCCUUGAGGGCCUCAAAGAUGGCGUUGCGCUCUGCACGCUCGUCAACCUAGCCAUUGGCCCUCCCGGCGUCAAGUUCAAGAGGUCGGCGAUGCCUUUUGUACAGAUGGAGAACAUCUCGCAGUUUCUGCGCGCUUGCAAAUCGCCACCCCUCAAUAUGCACGACCACGACGUUUUCCUUACUGUCGACCUAUACGAGCAGAAAGACCCGGCGCAGGUCCUCCAGUGUCUGGGUGCAUUCUCACGAGCUGCUAACGCUGUCAACCCUUCAGCCUUUCCUGCUCCUAUUGGCGCUGCGAAACCUCAAGGCGUUGUCAGCCCCCACAGCACCGGCAACACCACACCGACAAGGAACCGCGGGUUCUCCAAUGUUAGCAACAACUCGUCCGCGUAUGGAUCGACUCGCUCGGCGGUUGGCCUGUCGCCCGCCCGGACUGGUGAUUCGGGAUCAGGGAGAUGGAGCCCAACUAAGAGCCCGACCGGUGACAGGGUAGGCUCGCCUGGUGUGUCGAGCUGGAGCAAAAGGAACCAGGAAGGAGUAACGAGUCCAGCGUGGAACAUUGCCCAAUACGGCUACAUGGGAGGCGCUAGUCAAGGCAACCUUGGGAUCGUAUAUGGCACCGGCCGCCGGCAGAUCACUAGUUCUAGUCCCACGGUACCUAGCCUGGCCGACAAGGAACGCAGACGCAAAGAGCAAGAAGCCGAGGCCGCGGAGCAGAGACGGCAGAUGGAGGAGCAAGAGCGGAUACGCAGGGCUGAGAUCGAGGCUGAGGAGAAACGCGCACGGGAAGAGGAAGAGAGGCGCUGGGAGGAGGAGUCAAGACGAGCCCGCGAGGCCGAAAAACGCAAGGCGGAUGAGGAGAAGCGCAAGUGGGAAGAAGAGGAACGGCAGUGGAGGCUCACGGAGGAGAAGCGUCGCAAGGACGAGGAGGAUGCCGAAGCUCGCUUGGCAGAGGAGCGGCGCGCGACCAAAGCAUCACUCGACUCGUCAGCGGAUGGGUACAAGGACCGAAUCAAGCAGCUCGAGGAGGAACUCGAGCGCGCGAGGCAACGCGAAGCCGAGUAUGAAGAGGACCGCCAGAGACGGUCGGGUCGGCGUGAUCGGUCCAAGAGCCGUGCUCGGUCGCAAAGUCGGCCAAGGCUACAGGAAAGGACGCCAAGCCGGCAGGACUCAUGGCGGACAGGCGAACGCGAAUACCUGCAGACGCAAUGGGACAAUUACCAAGAGGACCAACAACCGCAACAGCUCGUACCCAGCUCCCAGCCGUCCCGGCCACUGCCUCAACCCACCACAGCGCCGAAGCCUGCGAUACCCGCACCCAUCAAGACCCACAGAACCGGCGAGGCACUGCCGACACCUCCCAUAAAGACUCACCGUACCGGCGAGAAGCUGCCGACCCCACCAGUCAAGCCGCAGCGGACAGGCGAGUCUAGACCACUUCCUGUACCUGGCCGGCCCCAAAACCAAGGUCCCGCCGGAUACCAGCCAAGCCCUCUUUCGCAAUCGACAUCACGCCCGCUUCCUGAGCCAUCGAACCCGGCGGCUUCUCCAUACGACGCUGCCGCUCCUGCACACGCCUCGCGUACAGACCGCUUCCUCGCCUCCAACCCAGCUCCCGUGCAGCAGGCACCUCAGCAGACAUACUCUCGAGAGCUAGGAUUCACUGCCGAGCAGGACGCGGAAGACCGCCGGCGCGCACAGUCGCAGACCAAGACAAAGGCUGGUGGCUGGGCUGGCAAGUCGCUCCUCGAGCGUGAGAUGGAGAUGGAGCGCCAACGCCAGCGCGAAUGGGAGGAGGCGCAGGCCGAGACUGCCAAAGCAGUCCGCACCAGCGAUGGUGUUGACGGCAUCGGGGGCGGAGUCGGUGGUCGCUGGGACGUCGGGCAGUGGGCCGGAUACACCGGCGGUGACAACCAGAACAAGGGCGCGCAGGGCAUCGGUGCCGGACGGCGGCAGAUUGUGGGGCCGCGUCCGCUACCUGGUCGGCCCUAA